CGAAGCUUGCCGAGACGCCCUGCUUCGCAUGACGAGCCUCACCGGCUCCACCGCGGCGACGCUGUCGGGCACGGUCGCGCCUCCCACCGUCCAGGCGGCGCUUCUCGGCUCCGUGGUUCAGAUCGCGACGCUGUCCGCUGUUUGGCUGCGAUACACAUCGGUGGCGAGCUGCAUCCCCGAUCCUCGGGGGUGCUGGCACGAUCCCUGGGCCAGGCAGGUCUUGAUCACGCUGACAAUCUGCCUGUCGCUGUGGCUACUCUCGCUGCGCACGAUCCGCUCCAAGGGCACCUCCGACCCUUCCAUCGUCGACCGCCUCUGGUCCAUCCUGCCGUGGCUCUACUGCUGGCACUGGUACGGAUCGGCGCCCACGCCGCGCGGGCUGCUCCUCGCGACGCUGGCUUCGAUCUGGGGCCUCCGCCUGACCGCCAACUUUGCACGCAAGGGCGGCUUUUCGGGCGGCGAGGACUACCGCUGGGCAGAGAUCCGCACCUGGCCCGGCUUCGACCGCGGUUGGGAGGUCUUCAAUCUGCUCUUCAUCUGCGGGUUCCAGCAGCUCGUCAUCCUCGCCUUCUCGUCGCCCGCGGCGGCGGCGGCCAGCUCGGACGUGCCGCUCAACGCACUCGACGCCGCGGCGACGGCGCUCUACCUCUUGCUGCUCGCGGGCGAGGCGACGGCAGACCGGCAGAUGAUGCGCUUCCAGACGGAAAAGUACCGCCGCCUGCGCGCCAAGGAGCCGCUCGGCGCCGAGUUUGGCCGCGGUUUCCUCUGCUCGGGCCUGUGGCGCUACUCGCGCCACCCAAACUACUUUUGCGAGGUUGCGAUCUGGUGGGCCUUUUACCUCUUCUCGCUCGCCGCCGGGCUGCCGCUCGUCAACUGGACCAUCUCGGGCGCGGCAUUCCUCACUUGCCUCUUUGUGCUGCCGCACGCCUCGCUCGACGUCACCGAGGUCCUCUCCUCGCGAAAGUACCCGCAGUACGCAGAGUAUCAAGCGACCGUCUCGCGCUUCUUUCCACUGCCGCCGCUGCCUGCCGGCGAGCGAGCGCCGAUGCGACCCGUCGACGCGGUCCUCAUCGGCUGGUUCUGCGUCGGCCUCGCGGUCACUUUCUUUGUCGACAUCGAGGCUGUCCUCGUGCAGCGGCCCGACCUGUACGGCCUCGACGCAGCGCACACGCCGCUGUGGCCGCCAGAGCCGUGCGUCCGCGCCGUCCGGUGGUGGAGUGCCGCCGACCCGCUGAUGCACGCGCGGCCGGUCUGGUUCCGAGCUGCCAUUUGGGUCGAGGUGCUGGUGCAGGCGCCCUUCUACGCCGUCGCCAUCUACGCCUUUGUGCGGCAGCGCAGCUGGGUCCGCGUGCCCGCCGUCGUGUACGCCACCGUCCUGCUCACCAUCAUGCCCAUCGUCCUCGCGGAGCAGUACUUCGGACCCCACGCCUCACGCCGCCCGCUCCUCGUCACGGCCGUCUACGGCGCCUACGUCCUCAUGCCGGUCCUGCUUCUCGUGCGCGUGUGGAGCGUGGACGUGUUCCCGAGCACGCCGCUCGCCAAGCGCAAGGCGGCGGGCCUGGCUGGCGGUGAGGCGGCGGCGCCAGCCGCACGGCGAGUCCGCUCGCCGGCGAGGAAGCGGGCGUGAGCCUGCCCGGGGCGCGCAAAAUUUUAACUCCGACCAUGCCACUUUUUGACAUCAUCAUCAACCAUCAUCACAGCAUGUCUCCGCGAGAGGGAUUUCAAAUAGCCGAUGGGAUGUAACGUGUGGUUUUCAUAGAUCAAUCAUUGGC